CGGAAAGGCAAGGCUUCAUAAUCACUUCCAUAGCUGGCUGGGAGCAUAAGAGUCCCACAUUCUCAUUCUCUGAAGCUAGUCAUAAACAGCCAGUUUUUUUGUGGUGUUAUCUAAACACAUUCACUAACCUCAAGAAGAAUGGAACAGAGAAGAAGCUCUUUUGCUCUUCCGUUCUUAACUGUCUUCUGUCUUCUCUUCCUCUGCUUAUGCUUCUCAGGAUCUGCUGAGGCUUACAAGAAUUACACAGUGGGAGAUUCUUUAGGUUGGUUUGACAAUACUGAGAAACCAGUCAAUUACCAGAAGUGGGUUGCCAAUAAAGAGUUUAGCUUGGGAGAUUUCCUCAUUUUCAACACGGACACUAACCACACUGUUGUUCAAACAUACAAUUCUACCACAUAUAAACUAUGUGACUACGAUGAUGCACAAGACAAGGACACAGUCCAAUGGUCAGCAUCUGAUCCAUCAAAUACCGAGACACACCCUGUGACAGUAGCGGUUCCUUUGGUGAAAGAAGGAAUGACAUACUUUUUUUCAAGUGAUUAUGAUGGUGACCAAUGCAAGAGUGGGCAACACUUCAAAAUAAAUGUGACAUAUGGACAAGGGUUGCCCAAGAGUCUUAACAAUUCACCAGAAGAUUCACCAUCUCCUGCUAGCCCAGUUGCUGGAGAUGAUGAUUCAGCACCAGAUACAAUUGUUCCUUCCAAUUUCAGCAAUCCUAAAGAAGAAAGUGACGAUGAAAAAGCUAGUGACAAACAGAAAUCUAGUUCUGUUUCAAUGUCAAUGUAUUCACAACUUCACAAUAAGUUGUGCGGGUCUUUUAUCUUGUUAGGGGCGGUUUUCUUGUUUUAAAGAACAUAUUAUUUUUUUAGUUAUAGAUAUUAUUAUCAUUAUUAUUUUGUCUUAUUAUUUAUUGGGUGUGAGUGAGAUAGUAAGAAUGUUGAACGAUUGAAUUGUGAGCUAGGAUAUAGUGAUAUACCAGAUAUAUUAUUAUUGUAAACUAAAAAUAAUAAUACUAUUACAUGCUUUUAUUAUUG